CACAUGUGCCAUCAUUCAUCGUUUCGCUCGUCUCACAAAUUCUUGUAAAUAAAAACACAAUUUCCUUUAAUUUUCAUGUGAUAAUAUUCCUUCAAAAUGUCAGUACGUGUGCAAUUCGAAAACAACAAUGAAAUCGGUGUUUUUAGCAAACUAACAAACGCUUAUUGUCUCGUAGCGAUCGGCGGAUCUGAAAACUUUUAUAGUGUCUUCGAGGCUGAAUUGGCAGAGACUAUUCCGGUUGUCCAUGCCAGCAUUGCAGGGUGUAGAAUUAUUGGCAGGUUGACUGUGGGGAAUAAAAAUGGUUUAUUGGUGCCAGCUUCGACUACUGACACAGAGUUGCAACAUAUAAGGAAUUCUUUACCAGAAAGUGUAAAAAUACAAAGGGUCGAAGAAAGAUUAUCAGCUUUGGGUAAUGUGAUAGCUUGUAAUGAUUAUGUAGCCCUAGUACAUCCAGAUCUUGAUAAGGAAACUGAAGAAAUCCUAACAGACGUCUUAAAUGUUGAAGUAUUUCGCCAAACAGUUGCCAGCAAUGUCCUAGUCGGCUCAUACACAGUUUUAAGUAACCAAGGAGGCUUAGUGCACCCCAAAACAUCCAUACAAGACCAAGACGAACUAUCGUCAUUACUACAAGUACCAUUAGUGGCUGGUACAGUUAACCGAGGCAGUGAGGUUUUAGCCGGAGGUUUGGUAGUCAACGAUUGGUGCUCCUUCUGUGGAAUGGACACAACGUCAACAGAACUCAGUGUGAUUGAAAGCGUGUUCAAAUUGAACGAUGCACAACCUGCAGCUAUCACGUCUACCAUGAGAGCAUCUCUAAUAGAAAGUAUGUCCGGUUAGUUGGAUGAUUAAAAAAGCUGCAUUUGAUUUAAAAUAAUACAGCAUCGACAUGAUUUUUAUUGUUAAAACUAAUAAAGUAUAAGUGAGACA